GCAGACUGUGACAUUUUCCAAGUCAUGCCAUUUUUGGAGUUCAUAGCUGGGAGUGUUUCAGGUGCAGUGGGACUUGCUGUUGGCCAUCCAUUAGACACCGUGAAGGUGCGUCUCCAAGCCCAGUCUGUGUACAGAGGGAUAUUUCACUGUGUGGCCAAAACCUACUCUCAUGAAGGCGUCCAUGGAUUCUUUAGGGGCAUGUCGUUUCCGGUUCUGACCACUGGCAUUCUCAACUCCAUUAUCUUCGGCGCUUACAGCAACGGUUUGAAUUACCUCUCCCAGUCUCAGCGGAGUCAGUGCAGACCAGCCUCGGAUGCACACGUCUUCACUGCCGGCUGUUUUUCAGGAGUGAUGCAGGUGAUGGUUUGUGCGCCGAUUGAUCUGGUAAAGGUGCGUCUGCAGGGUCAGACAUCUGCAGACCGGUACCGUGGACCUGUCCACUGUGUGGCUGUCAUUCUGAGGGAGGACGGACUCAGGGGUCUGUUCAGAGGGGCCAUGGCUGUCGCUCUGAGGGACAUACCCUGCUAUGGAUUCUACUUCCUGCCUUAUGAGGUCAUUCGAAGGGCUCUGACGGAGACUGGACAGCAACCGGGGACCUUUGCCAUCCUGAUGGCAGGUGGCGUGGCGGGCGUGGCGAGCUGGGUGAUUGCCACGCCCAUGGAUGUUGUGAAAGCUCGGCUCCAAAUGUCUGGCGCCGGGGGCCGGCGGUUCAGCGGGAUCCUCCACUGCAUCAGAGUGAGCGUGAGGGAGGAAGGAGUCCGAGUGUUUUUCAAAGGCCUCCUGCUGAACUGCGUGAGGGCCUUCCCCGUCAACGCCAUCACCUUCCUCAGCUACGAGAGCCUGAUGAAGAUCCUCUGUCCAUCGGGAGAGUGA